UUCGCGUGAGGAAAGGCUAUAACUCCGUACCCUGAAACAACAAAACCCAAUAAAAAACCAAAGUUUAAAAAUAUGAUGUAAGGCAAGGCAGAGGUUUUAGCCUUUACUUUCUUUAUCAAACAAAUCUCUGCAACUUUGCUAGGGUUUUAGCUUCACAAAUGGAUAGAUACCAGAAGGUGGAAAAACCGAAACCCGAGUCUCCCAUAAACGAGAACGAGAUCCGUAUCACAACGCUAGGCGCUAUCAGAAACUACAUAACCUAUGCGACUACUCUUCUUCAGGAGAAACGUGGGAAGGAGAUUGUCUUAAAAGCAAUGGGACAGGCAAUCAACAAGACAGUAGCCAUUGCUGAGAUUAUAAAGAAAAGAAUUCCUCGGUUGCAUCAAGAUACUGCCAUCAGCUCUGUUAGCAUAACUGAUAUAUGGGAACCCAUCGAAGAGGGUCUUGUUCCUGUGGAGAUGACUCGACAUGUCUCAAUGAUUUCAAUAACCUUAUCAGCCAGAGAACUAAACAAAAACUCUCCUGGGUACCAAGCUCCAUCUAAUGUGGAACCACCAAAACCACAGUAUCGCUAUCAGUAUCAGCAACAACAACAACCACCCAGACAAGGGCGUAUUCCGUACAAUGCUGUUAAUGAAGAUUCAUAUGGCCGAGGCCAGGGUCGUGGUAGGGGGCGAGGGCGGGGUUUUGCCAGGGGUGGAUAUGGACACUAUCAAGAAAAUGAUGGGUAUUCAAACUGGGGCAGAGGUGGUGGGCGAGGCAGAGGCGGGGGUUAUCGUGGAACCGGAUAUGAAAGAGGCAGAGGUGGAGGGGGCAGAGGUUACGGCCGUGGCCGUGGAAGGAUGGGGGGGCGAUCAAGGGGUGGUGGCUAUUAAGCAAUAGUCAGGGGUUGGUGUUCUUUUCUGCUUUAGCUAAAUGCUUGCCUUUGCCAGUGAGGAAGAUUUUAUGGGAGUACUACUAUUAAUAGCGUGAAAUGUGGCUUAUGAUCUCCAGCGUUGUUAAGCAGUGGUUUGGUGUUCUUUUCUCUAAAAGUAUAUGAAUGUGGGCAAGGUUAUUUUUUUUUUUUUAAGGGUCUUUUUUUGCAUUUAGCCAAGAGCAAGUAGUCAUUUUAUGAUUGCUGUAAUUCGUUCACAGUUAUGGUUGCUAAUAUUAUGUUCAUAAUUUUACCUCCAUUUUUC